AUGGCCACGCUGGGACCGUACCGACCGUGUCCUGAGCCGUGUAGUUCCAGUCAACCGUGGACUACGCUGGCAAAGUAUCACACCAAAGGAGAACCCCACUGGGAGGGCAGACGGGUCAUAGUGGCGGACGUCGAGGAAUUUAGCUCCUUCCCGCCGGACUCCGAUCUUGACUCGUACGUCAACAGCACCGAGUUCAAAUGUCUGCUGGAGGCCCAGCUAGAUUUGGAGGCCGCGACUCCAUUCGAUGGCUGCCCGAUCGACUUUGACCGGAUCCUGUGCUGGCCCAAGACGGAAUCCGGUGCGUGGGCCGUGCUUCCGUGCUUCAAAGAGUACAACGGCGUCAUUUAUGACCAUUCGCAAAACGCCACCCGCUACUGCCACCCCAACGGCAAGUGGGACAACUACAGCCACUACACGGCCUGUCACCACAUGACCGACCCACCGCCGGACAUCGUCGAGAUCACGUCGAUCAUCUACUACUCCGGGUACAUCAUCAGCCUAAUCGCGCUCAGCCUCGCUGUGAUAGUUUUCGUCUACUUCAAAGAUUUACGUUGCCUGCGUAACACGAUCCAUGCGAAUCUGUUCAUCACCUACAUUCUGUCCGCCCUGAUGUGGAUGGUCAUUCUGACGCAGCAGCUCUCCGGUAGUUCCGGCGGUGGCCUAACGAGCUGCGUCAUCUUCGUUACGCUGCUGCACUACUUUACACUCACCAACUUCUUCUGGAUGCUCGUGGAAGGACUCUAUCUGUACAUGCUGGUUGUGGAAACGUUUUCCGGCGAUAAUCUGCGGUUCAACAUGUACGCGGCCAUCGGAUAUGGUAAGUUAUGCCAAAAAAAGCUCUCUGUUUCCAUAAAUUUUAUUUUUUUUUUCCCGUACCACGCAGAAAACGCCACCCGCUACUGCCACCCCAACGGCAAGUGGGACAACUACAGCCACUACACGGCCUGUCACCACAUGACCGACCCACCGCCGGACAUCGUCGAGAUCACGUCGAUCAUCUACUACUCCGGGUACAUCAUCAGCCUAAUCGCGCUCAGCCUCGCUGUGAUAGUUUUCGUCUACUUCAAAGAUUUACGUUGCCUGCGUAACACGAUCCAUGCGAAUCUGUUCAUCACCUACAUUCUGUCCGCCCUGAUGUGGAUGGUCAUUCUGACGCAGCAGCUCUCCGGUAGUUCCGGCGGUGGCCUAACGAGCUGCGUCAUCUUCGUUACGCUGCUGCACUACUUUACACUCACCAACUUCUUCUGGAUGCUCGUGGAAGGACUCUAUCUGUACAUGCUGGUUGUGGAAACGUUUUCCGGCGAUAAUCUGCGGUUCAACAUGUACGCGGCCAUCGGAUAUGGAGGUCCCGGUGUGUUCGUAGUGGUGUGGGCCAUCGCCAAGGGUAUCGCCAUUUCCGGUCAGGAGAGGGCAACUUCGCUUGAAAUUGACUGCUCCUGGAUGCGGGAGUCGGUCGUGGACUGGAUCUUCCAGGGACCGGUCUGUGCCGUACUCAUCAUCAAUCUGGUCUUUCUCGUACGAAUUAUGUGGGUCCUAAUCACGAAGCUCCGCUCGGCCAACACGGUCGAGACGCGCCAGUAUCGCAAGGCAUCGAAGGCACUGCUGGUGCUGAUUCCGCUGCUCGGCAUCACGUACCUGGUCGUGCUGGCCGCCCCGGCCGAGGGCGUCGUCAGUGACAUUUUCGCCGUCGCCCGGGCACUGCUGCUGAGCACGCAGGGCUUCUCGGUAUCGCUGUUCUACUGCUUCCUGAACUCGGAGGUCCGGCUGGCCCUGCGGCACCGUUUGGAGCGCUGGCGGGACGAGCGCAACAUCCGGCUGGGUCAGAUCCGCCAGCGAAGCCGCCGCAGGUUCACCAACUCCGGCCUCUCGAAGGAAUGCUCGCCUCGCUCCAGAACCGAAAGCUUCCGACCACUAACGUACAGCAAGCGCGAAAGUUGCGCCUCCUCGGCGACCACGACCACCCUGCUGGGGCCACCCACGCUGGGGGGCUCUCACGGCGGCGCCAACUAUCCGGCCGGGAUCCGGGGCUCCAACGGCGCCCUGCACCUGCACACGAUGGUCCCCCGGGCGAUCAGUCCACUGAUGCAGGGUCUGGAUGAAAAUUCCGUCUAGAUAAAGUAAUCAGCAUCCGAAGCAAAUCCAUUUGUAAAAACAAACAUAACCCAUUCGAUAUAGUUAGUUGUUCUUUUUGAAAGGUGUACGCAAAAGUUAAGUGAAUAAAAUAAGUGUUUAUUUUUCGUCGUAUUUUGAGCUAGUUCAAGUCAAACUAAAUGGAGAGAGAUAAGAAUUGUUACUUAGUGAAAUAGUCAAUGAAAACUCUUUUUCCAGGAAAAAAAUAAAACAGUUUUAUCAGUGUUGCAAAAAUGUGCGAAAUUUUUCUAUUUACGUUUUUAUUUAUUAAGAAAUUUUGCCAGUUAGCAAAACAACCUAUAUAUACUAGAAUCAACAGAACCAGAAUUGAUACAUUUAUCACACAAAUCUUUACACAGUUUGUACCAUGCUACAAAUAAAAUCACAAACAGAACUCUAUCGAUGUAUGUCAGUACGGAAUUUGUAAACUUACUGUGAAACUAAACACACUCUCUACAACAAACUUUUUGAAUAAAAAGUUUAAAAAAUAAAGAAAUA